AUGAAUUCUAUUAUGGGCAAGCCACUUUUGGAGAUUGGUGGCAAUGAACGCCGCACUCUAUCAAAAAGCUCUAUCUCAAGUUAUAAGACUAUGAAUAGAACACAGUCAAUGGCUAUUUAUGGCCUAUUUGAAGAUGAACCAGAAACACUUCCAGGACUUGGAGGUGCAAUUCAGGGAUCUUCUUUAAGUGAGGCAGUAUCAGCAAUGGUAAACACUAUGCUUGGAAUUGGCACUCUUGCUAUACCUUUGGCAUAUGCAGCUAAUGGUCUAUUACAGGGAAUAUUGCUUACAUUUUUCUGUGCAUUUCUAUCGUCUCUUUCACUUUAUCUUCUUUCUUCAAUAGCAAUGGAGUAUGGUGACGAUGUUAGUUUUUACUCCGUUACUUCUAAUCAUAUUCCCGGACUUAAGUGGAUUGUUGAUAGUGCAAUUGUUAUAAAAUCUUUAGGAGUAUCUACAUCAUAUCUUAUGGUUGUUGGAGAUUUGGUAUACUCGUUAUUCUUCUAUAAUAAUUCUUAUGGGAUUGAUCCAAAAGUUCUGAGAGCCAUUGUUCUAUUAACAUCGGUCGUUUUCUUUAUAGCUCCAGCCUCUUUCCCUCAUAAGCUUAAAUCUAUGAAAUACACUAACUGGCUUAGUGUAAUUUGUAUAUUAUAUGUAGUUCUUGUUGUAUUUUUCAGGCUCUUAUAUAACACAAGUAAAAUUUAUUUAUCUAGGUUCGAAGAACAGCCUGCCCUUAUUACUGGUAAUUUGGACUACUUUAGCACAUUUUCAUUGCGUAGAACCCUUGAGACUUUCCCUAUACUUAUUUUUGCAUUUACUUGUCAACAAAACAUCUUUACAGUAUCCAAUGAACUUCACGACAGAACUUUGAAUAGACUUUCUAAGAUCAUUAUAGUUUCUAUUGGAACAGGUAUACUGGUUUAUUGCACUAUUGGAAUAUCUGGGUACUUACUUUUUGGACGUUUAAUCAACAAAGCUAAUGUAUUGGAGUUAUUUAAAACCAAUACUUUUGAUGUUUUUAUUGCAAAGCUCUUUAUUGCAGUUUCUAUGGUAUUUUCUUUUCCAAUCCAAUGUCAUCCAUGUAGAAGAUCUUUAUCUAUUUUACUUUAUAGUGGUGUAACUGAGAUGGAGCCUAAGGCUGAGAAGAGAGCUUUGAAUCUUAUUACAAUUUUUAUCCUCGUUUUGACGACAUCUUGUGCCAUUUACUUCACAAAUCUUGGGCUUGCUUACGAACUUGUUGGUACAAUAUGUAGCAACACCACUGCCUUUAUAAUACCUUCUCUUUUAUAUAUUAAGGUAUUUAAGCACAAGGGGCUAACUAUUGAGAAAUUUCUCGCGUUUUUCCUACUUAUUAUGGCAAUUAUGAUCCUCAUUUUGUGUUUAAGUGCAAUUUUCAUUGGACUUUUGAAAAAGUAA